CCGCCCAGCCGCUGCCGCGCUUCGGGGCUCUAUAUAGGGCGCGCGCUCUCGGGCGGCUGAGUUCCAGCAGUCCGCGAGCUGCCGUCGGCUCCGCGCGGGGGGGGCGGGCCGGGCACCCCGGGGCGCGGAGGAGCGCUCUAGCUUCACUCUCCUCUCCCCCCACUCUGCACUCCCGGGCACCCUCAAACCAGUUCAAGCUGCUGCCCCCGCUCCCUCUUUUCUCGCCCCCCAGCAAACUUUCGGUCCCUCCCCCGCCCCUCGCCCGUUAUUCGUCGUGGCUCAAGCCCGGCCGCGCCGCCCCGAGGGCUCCUCCGGACCUCCCAGCUUGCAGCUCCGACCAUUACAGGAUCCAGAAACAUGUCGACCACGCUUCUGUCCGCCUUCUACGAUAUCGACUUCUUGUGCAAGACGGAGAAGUCCCUUGCCAACCUCAAUCUCAACAACAUGCUAGACAAGAAGGCGGUGGGGACACCCGUGGCCGCCGCCCCCAGCUCGGGCUUCACGCCGGGCUUCCUCCGACGGCACUCAGCCAGCAACCUGCACGCGCUCGCCCACCCCGCGCCUAGCCCCGGCAGCUGCUCGCCCAAGUUCCCGGGCGCAGCUAACGGCAGCAGCUGCGGCAGCGCGGCGGCGGGCGGGCCGGCCUCCUACGGCACCCUCAAGGAGCCGUCGGGGGGCGGCGGCACGGCCCUGCUGAACAAGGAGAACAAAUUCCGGGACCGCUCGUUCAGCGAGAACGGCGAGCGCAGCCAGCACCUCCUGCACCUGCAGCAGCAGCAGAAGGGGGGCGGCGGCUCCCAGAUCAACUCAACGCGCUACAAAACUGAGCUGUGCCGGCCCUUCGAGGAGAGCGGCACGUGCAAGUACGGCGAGAAGUGCCAGUUCGCGCAUGGCUUCCACGAGCUGCGCAGCCUGACGCGGCACCCCAAGUACAAGACUGAGCUGUGCCGCACCUUCCACACCAUCGGCUUUUGUCCCUAUGGGCCGCGCUGCCACUUCAUCCACAACGCCGAUGAGCGGCGGCCCGCGCCGUCGGGGGGCGCCUCCGGGGACCUGCGCACCUUCAGCGCCCGCGACGCGCUGCACCUGGGCUUCCCGCGAGAGCCGCGGCCCAAGCUGCACCACAGCCUCAGCUUCUCGGGCUUCCCCUCGGGCCACCACCAGCCCCCGGGGGGCCUGGAGUCGCCCCUGCUGCUCGACAGCCCCACGUCGCGCACGCCGCCGCCACCCUCCUGCUCCUCGGCUUCGUCUUGCUCCUCGUCCGCUUCGUCCUGCUCCUCGGCCUCGGCUGCCUCCACGCCCUCGGGCGCCCCGACGUGCUGUGCCUCUGCGGCGGCAGCGGCCGCGGCCGCGCUGCUGUACGGUACCGGGGGCGCCGAGGACCUGCUCGCGCCGGGCGCGCCGUGCGCCACCUGCUCGUCGGCCUCGUGCGCCAACAACGCCUUCGCCUUCGGCCCGGAGCUGAGCAGCCUCAUCACACCUCUCGCCAUCCAGACCCACAACUUCGCCGCCGUGGCCGCCGCCGCCUACUAUCGCAGCCAGCAGCAGCAGCAGCAGGGCCUAGUGCCCCCCGCGCAGCCCCCGGCGCCGCCCAGCGCGCCCCUCCCUGCCAGCGCCGCCGCGCCGCCCUCGCCGCCCUUCAGCUUCCAGCUUCCACGCCGCCUGUCCGAGUCGCCCGUGUUCGACGCGCCCCCUAGUCCCCCGGACUCACUGUCUGACCGUGACAGCUACUUGAGCGGCUCCCUGAGCUCGGGCAGCCUCAGCGGCUCUGAGUCCCCCAGCCUCGACCCCGGCCGCCGCCUGCCCAUCUUCAGCCGCCUCUCCAUCUCCGACGACUGAGGCAAGAGGGCGCUAGUGAGGAGGAGGAAGGGAAGGCCGUUCUGGGGGUGUUGGAGGGUGCCCCUGCAGUCUUGCCCCUGCCAGGGGCAGGGAGGCUCGGGAGUGUGGGGGGCUGACCUCGGCCACAAGCAGACUGCAGGCCGCACCGAGCACUUGGACUCGAACUUGUGUGCCGGGAGGGGCCCCCACCCCUCCCCUUUCGGUUUCCUCUUAUUUUGUUUUGUUUUUUAUUAUUAUUUUUAUUAUUGUUACGAAGUUUCAUUCUUGUUGAGC